GAACGAGAAAAAUACUACUAGUACUUCAACUUCUUAUGUGCGCCAAAAUAUCUCAUGUUCUAAUCUAAUCUCCCUUCCGGUACUAGCAAACCCUAGAUCGGACUAUGUCUGGGUUCUACGGUCAAGAAGGUGGCGGCUCUGCGCCUCCGCCUCCGCCGUAUGGAGCUAACGGUGGGUAUGGUGCUUCCGGAGGAGGUUAUGGAGGUGGUCGUGGUGGAGGAGGAUAUCAAGAGGGGGCUGGUCGUGGAGGAGGAGGACGAGGAUAUCAAGGAGGUGGUUAUGGAGGCGGAGGCUAUGGAGGUGGCAGCGCUGGUGGUGGAUAUGGCGGGGAUGAUGGCGGGGGUUAUGGUGGAAAGGGUACCGCUGGUGGCGGAUAUGGUGGUAACGAUGGCGGAGGUUAUGGAGGGAAGAGUGUGUAUGGAGGAAAUGAUGGCGGGGGUUAUGGAGGAAGGGGAAGUGGGGGAGGACAAGGUGGUCGAGGGAAUGGGGGUUAUGGUGGGGGAGCUGGAGGAUACGGUGGUCGAGGUGGUGGUGGGGGAUAUCAAGGCGGAGAUCGUGGAGGACGGGGAGGAGGCAGAGGCGGACGUGGUGGAGGUGGUAGAGAAGGAGAUUGGCGUUGCCCCAACCCAAGUUGUGGUAAUUUGAACUUUGCGAGAAGGGUUGAAUGUAACAAAUGUGGUGCACCAUCCCCUUCUGGUGCUAAUGAUCGAGGUGGCAGUGGUGGUUAUGAUAGGGGAGGAAGAGUUGGGGGUGGGGGAUAUGGCAGUAAUCGAGGCGGUAGAUCUGGUAAUUACGAAGGAGGAAGAGGUAACGACUAUGACAGCGGUAGGAAUUAUAACAAUGAUGGUAGAGGAGGCAAUAGGGGCGGUUCUUUUAGUGGUAACCAAGCCAGAGAAGAUGGUGCAUUCGCUCAAGGUCGUCAUCCUACAGCCCAGUCUUACGGUGGUGCUGGUGGAAACUAUGCACCCACAUAUGAUUCUUAUGGUGGGAAUGCAAAUUAUGGAUCCGAUGCAGUUCCUCCACCUACAAGCUAUACUGGUGGACCCACAUCAUACCCUCCAUCCUAUGGGGGUAAUACAGGUGGGAAUGAUGGUGGUCAUGGUCCUGGUAGUAAAGGUGGAUUUGGUGGAGCUCCCCCCGAACCCCCGGCUAAAGUGAAGCAGUGUGAUGAAAAUUGUGGGGAUUCUUGCGACAACUCUAGAAUCUACAUAUCGAACUUACCACCUGAUGUGACUAUUGAAGAAUUGAGGGAACUGUUUGGAGGCAUUGGACAAGUUGGAAGAAUAAAGCAGAAGAGGGGUUAUAAAGAUCAGUGGCCUUGGAACAUAAAAAUAUACACAGAUGAGAAUGGAAACAACAAGGGUGAUGCUUGUCUUGCAUAUGAAGAUCCCUCUGCAGCACAUGCUGCUGGCGGUUUUUACAAUAAUUUUGAUUUGAGGGGCUACAAAAUCAGUGUUACAAUGGCAGAGAAAUCUGCACCAAGGGCUCCACCUGCAUAUGGCCAUGGGGGCAACAGGGGUGGCUACGGUGGAGAUAGACGCAGAGACAAUAGAGAUGGGGGUAAUUCUGGGCCUGAUAGGCGUGAUCACUAUUCUGGGAACCGUUCACGUCCAUACUGAGCCUCAACAAUGAGCAUUUUAUGUACUAUGAAUUGUGGUCUGAGGGAUUUAGUAUAUUCAGGUGGCUGGUUUCUUGAAAUGGAAGCAAAGAGGUAGGUUGUUCACUUACUUGAGCAGGACCUCUUCGCUCCUUUUUGUUAUGUCUGUUACUGGCUGGUGGGUUCUUUUAGGCAGGGUUUAAUUUGAUCAUGUGAAUGUUUUUCUAGAGGCAAGUGGAUAGUCUCCAAAUUGCUUGCUGCUAAGGUAGGUUGAUUAUUUCAGGUGAUGGCUUUGAUAGAAUGUUUGUUUCAAUUGCGGCUUAACAGAUCAAUAAAUCCCAGUUAGGGGGUUUUUUGUGUUAUUUUUUCCAGUAGGAGAGUAAUGGGCUGACUAUUCAUGUUAGCCUUAUGCUUACUGAUUUUACUCUGCAUGGUGCAUGCUAUGAAUUUCUGUAUAAUAAAUGAAUCAUCAAUGCCUGAUUCACGGCCUUUGGGAUGGAUAUGCUAUAGGGAGGACUGGUUUCUUUCAUGAAGUCAUAUACCAGUCGUCAGUUUACCCUGUUCCGGCAACGAUGUGCUUAUUUCCAUGCAGUUCAUGAUAGAGCUAUGUUAGGCUGGUCUCCCAAGCAUAUACGUAAUUAAACAUUGCAUAGAAAUUGCGUCGUUUGUUGGGAUACGUUAUGACUAAACAGAUUGACUGACAAUUCAUUAUUAGGCAGCUGAAACGAUUGCACCAAUUCCAUGUCUUUAAUAAGAUUGGAUAAUCGGUGGAAACUGCACUUCGUUUUUUUUUUCUUUUUGGGGGGGUGUGUUUUAUAACUUCGUUUGCAUUGCAUCAUGUCAAAUUCGCCUUCAUUUGUUGUUCGAACAUUUUGAAUCUUAAGUCCUGCAUUUUGUAUGGUGGCCAUUUCUGGUGGCUGGAACAUGUAAAAAAUGGUACGUCAAAUGUAUGUGUUUCAUGCAGCUUGCCACAGAUGUCAUUUGCAAAACCGCAAUUUAUAUCAUUGAAAGUUCUUUGUUUUAAAAAAAUUUGGUUUUGGUGUUGCUAUUUGUUCGUUUGCCUGCAUUCCACGUUCAUUAAAUACUGCACAUCAAGAAUUCUGGGAGAUCGUACUUCCACAUUCUUUUGUUUACCGUUAAAAGAGGUGGGCAAAAUAUCAAGGUUUGGAGGGAAAAAUGUCUUCUCUAGUCUGGAUGCGGAGAUUGUUCGGUUUCAGGGAUUCUGAUCGUGAUAUAUGUGCACUUCAAAAAAUAAAAAUUGUAUGAUUUCUAUACAAUUGAAAAAAAUGCCAGUGUAUAUGUCAUUUCCUUACUGAGUUAUUCAAUCAGUGUGUUAAAGGUAUGGUUAAAUCAUUAGUAUCAUGAUUUAAUUAAAAAAAUGUAUACUGAUAUUCUAAUUAAAGAAUCUCCGAGAGAAGAUACAAGAAAUUGAACUUU